CAAGAAUCAUCGGAGCUGUGUGCCGAAUAGUGCAGUCUGCGACGGCCGCCGUCACUGCCCUGAUGGCUCAGAUGAAGUGGACUGUCCAAACGUAGCUCAAGGUGUACCUCAUAAUGAGUUAAAAUGUCGCUUUGGGUCCAAACGUUGCAGAGAUGGCCUGUCAUGUGUUCUCAUGAGCCACGUCUGUGAUGGUGAGAGGGACUGUCGGGAUGGAUCAGAUGAAGAUGGUUGUGACUCUCCAGGAAUUACAACAAUCGCUCCCACAACACCUCCAUGCACCAGUCCUUCAGUUCUGUGUCCAGGUUCUUCUAUAUGCAUCAAACCAACACAGAUGUGUGACGGGCGGAGAGACUGUCCUGAUGGAUCUGAUGAGAAAUGUGUCAAACGGUGCUCUUCUGAGUCUGAUUUCCACUGCAAAGACCGUCGAAGUUGCGUUCCACUGAGCCGAGUGUGUGAUGGUCGCUCUCAGUGUAACGAUGGUUCAGAUGAGCUCAACUGUCCAAGUGAAGUGCCUCCUGCAGCUCCAAAUAAAAUCCUAAAAUGCCACUUUGGUUCCAAACUCUGUCAGGAUGGUCUGAGAUGUGUCCUUCUCAGCCAUAUUUGUGAUGGAGAGAGAGACUGUCACGAUGGAUCAGAUGAAGCCGGAUGUGAUGGUGCACAGAGUGGUGCUGUUGAAAAUGAGCCACUUACAUCUCCGACACUCACUAAAGAAGUAACUCAGCCUCCCACCAUGUCUCCAUGCACCAGUCCUUCAGUUCUGUGUCCAGGUUCAACAAUAUGCAUCAAACACACACAGAUGUGUGAUGGAAAGAGGGACUGCCCUGAUGGGUCUGAUGAAAGAUGUAUCAAGAGAUGUACCUCUGAUGCUGACUUUCCUUGCAAAGACCGUCGGCGCUGCAUCCCAAAGAGCCAAGUUUGUGACGGGCGUUCUCAGUGCACUGAUGGCUCGGAUGAGGUGAACUGUCGGAGUGCAGUGGUUCAAGCAGCUCCAAAAGAAGUGUUGAAAUGUCGCUUCGGCUCCAGACUUUGUAAUGACAGGAUGGCGUGUGUUCUGCUGAGUCACAUCUGUGAUGGAGAAACGGACUGUCAGGAUGGAUCAGAUGAAGAAGCCUGUGAUUCAGAGCAUGCUCCUGGCAAUUCUAUGGGGAAUGAGUUCUCAAGUAAAUCUCCUGAGCUGACUAAAACGGUAGCACUGCCUCCCACUAAGCCUCCAUGCACCAGUCCUUCAGUUCUGUGUCCAGGUUCGUCUAUAUGCAUCAAACACACACAAGUGUGUGAUGGAAAAGAGGACUGUCCUGAUGGUUCUGAUGAGGAGUGCAUAGAAAGUUGUCCUGAAAUGGAUUUUCUCUGUAGAGACCACCGCCACUGCAUCCCAAAGACCAAAUUGUGUGACGGUCGCUCGCAUUGUAACGAUGGUUCAGAUGAGGUUGGCUGUCAGAGUGUAGUGCAGCCUGCAUCUCCUACUAAAAUCCUGAAGUGCUGGUUUGGGUCCAAACUGUGUCGAGAUGGGAUGUCGUGUGUCUACCCAAGUCACAUUUGUGAUGGGGAACCAGACUGUCAGGAUGGAUCAGAUGAAGAAGAAUGUGACAAUGGGAGCUUGAAUCAGUCUCCCACACCCACUGAAGAAGUAGCUCUGAUUCCAACUAAUCCUCCCUGCACCAGUCCAUCAGUUCUGUGUCCAGGUUCUUCUAUAUGCAUCAAACCAACACUGAUGUGUGAUGGAACAAGAGACUGUCCUGAUGGCUUUGAUGAGAAAUGUAUUGAUCAAUGUCCCUCUGACACUGACUUCCGUUGCAAUGACCGUCAAAGAUGCAUCCCUAAAACCAAAGUGUGUGAUGGGCGUUCUCAGUGCAACGAUGGCUCUGAUGAGGCUGACUGUCGGAGUGUAACUGCGCCGCCGCUUGAGUCCAAUGUAUUAAAGUGCCGCAGGGGCUCAAAGCCAUGCAAAGACGGCCAAGAUUGUGUUUUAUUUAAUCAUGUUUGUGAUGGCGAAAUCGACUGCUUGGAUGGGUCUGAUGAAGAAGGAUGCCAAGAAACAUGUGAUGAAGGAGAGUUUCAGUGUGCCCACGGGAAGAUGUGCAUCCCUGAGAAUGAGGUUUGUGAUGGCAAGCCACAGUGUCGGGACCACUCUGACGAGGUGGAUUGCUGGCAGCGAACAAGAGUUGUGAACACCGUUGUGCUGAUGGCAAGCGGUGCAUCCCGAAGAAGUUCCUCUGUGAUGGAGAGCCAGACUGCUUGGAUGGAACGGAUGAACUGAACUGUAAUUCUGCUCCAACUGAUUUUCCUGUUGCCUCGACAUCAGCUUGCAUCACUCCUUCAGUUCUGUGCCCAGACUCAUCACGGUGCAUCUCUCAACAUCAAUUGUGCGAUGGACAAA